AAAAAAGAAUCCUUAAAAAAGCUACUAACUAUAUAAAUCUGGAUGCAUGAGUAGCGCCACGUUGCCGCUUCUGUUCGGUGCCAUCCUCUCUCUCUCUCUCUCUCCUCUCACUACUCACCAGUCACCACUCUCUCUCUCCCCAUCUCCUUCUCUCUUGGAUUCUCUCAGAUUCCAUGGACGCUCCAAAAAGCUGAUUCGUGGAGCAAUUUUUUCCUUCACCCUCAGAUUCGGAUCCGUGGUACAACCGCGUGUUUUCUUUCCCGAUCCGUUCUUAAAUCCGAUUCGAUUCUUUCGUCAGAGCUCUGAGAAUACUAGGAUUCCUUCUCGUGCGACGGAUCCUUGAUUUGAUUGGAUUUUAAUUAUUUUUGUCAUCUUCGAGUCGAUUCGAGCAGAUUACCUCUCUCCUGCACUGGAGAAACUUAUUUGAGGCCAGACCUGCCUGAUGGUAUGCAGCAGUUUCAUAAGGAGUGUCAUUAUUCAGGCUGGUCAUAUUGGGGUGUUGGCUCAAGGAAGACAUCAGUUUAGCCAUAUCAAGAAGAAGUCCUUGAGUUUUGGUUUCGGGUUUAGAACCAUUGCAGCAAAGAUGAUGGUCGAUUCUUCUGCCGGAGAGAAACGAGUGUCCAUGGUUGAUAUGCCGCCUGAGAAAGUUGAUGAUGGCGGAUACAUCGGUGGUGGGUGGAAAAAUGACGACGGAAGCUUGAGCUGUGGGUACUGUAGUUUCAGAGGGAAAAGGUCUACGAUGGAAGACUUCUAUGAUGUCAAAGCUUCCAAGAUUGAUGGCAAAACAGUUAGCAUGUUUGGCAUAUUUGAUGGUCAUGGUGGUUCACGUGCGGCUGAGUACUUGAAGGAACACCUCUUUAACAAUCUUAUGAAGCAUCCACAAUUUUUGACAGACACCAAGCUGGCACUAACAAUCGCACUAUCUGAUGACCAUAAGCCAAAUAGAAGCGAUGAAAGAAAGAGAAUUGAAAGCGCUGGUGGUGUUAUCAUGUGGGCAGGAACAUGGAGGGUUGGUGGGGUUUUGGCAAUGUCCAGGGCCUUUGGCAACAGAAUGCUGAAGCAAUUCGUUGUUGCUGAACCCGAGAUACAAGAUCUAGAGAUUGAUCACGAGGCCGAGUUUCUUGUGCUUGCAAGUGACGGUUUAUGGGAUGUAGUACCGAAUGAGGAUGCUGUAUCACUUGCUCAGAGUGAGGAGGAGCCUGAGGCAGCCGCCCGCAAGUUAACGGACACCGCCUUUACACGUGGCAGCGCAGACAACAUCACGUGCAUCGUUGUUAAAUUCCGUCAUGAUAAGACCGAAUCUUCCAAAACUGAACCAGAAUCAGAGCCCGAACCGAACCCCAAAGCUGAAAUGGAACCCGAAUCAAACCCCAAUGCUGAACCGGAAACCGAAUCAAGCCCGGAAACCAAACCCGAAGCUAAACCUGAUUCGAAACAGGAAACCGAACCAGAGACCUUGGGGUGAGAAAGCGGGUGAGUAAGGGUAGCCGUCCGGGGAGAGAGAAAGAUGAUACUGUUGGUGUGGAAGUUGAGGUGAAUGUGCAAACAGAUAAAUAUAAAAUUGCUUUUAGUAGUUUGUGUGCUUUGUGGGCUACCUGUAACGGUGUGAGGAUUUGUGUUUUGGGUUUUGUGUUGCACAUGGCCUGCCUUUGAAGGAUGACGACGCUUUGACCUGUCCUUCUGAUUUUUGUCUAUUCAUUUUGCUCUAUUUUGUUUGUUUUUGGUGCUUCUCACACCAAAAAAAAGAACACCAUUAUUUGUUCUGUUUCUCCCACUCUAUUUCUUAUCUUCUUAUCCAAUAAACAAAAUGCUUUGUAAUUCCUCCCAAUCUCUUUACUUUCCCCGUUAGUAAGAUCGUAAGUAUGAUUUACAUUGUUUUGUUGUCGUGGUCACGCAAAAAGCUUGUGGUUUAAUCGGAAUCCUAACUGGGUAUCGCAC